ACAAAUUAUUGUUUUGCAUUUUGAAAAAAAAAUUCGUUCACAUUUUUUGCAAUUUCUGUUGUUUUUUGUUAGCUUGAACUGGGCAGAUUGUGCAGUCUGUGUAUUCAAUUGAUAAAGGAAUAGUUUUGCGUUAAAAUGAGUGAACGACUGAAGGCAAUGAAAGAAAAGUCGAAGCUCAGAAGACAGCUUCUAGCACCCAUAGUAAGUAUUUUCAGAAGACACUGUCAACCACGUGUCUGCGUUUGUAUAGUUUGUCCAGAUUACAUAAAGCAUGUGAUUUUGUUGUAAGCUGCUGCGGUUUGUGUCUGAACAAUCUGAACUACUUGAAAACGUCAAUUUUUUGAGAAGAAACCUUUCUUUAUAAAGCAUUUGUAAUAGAACUUUCUCAAAUCUCAAGUAGUUGAAAGUCGAAUAGCAUGUUACGCACAGAUGUUUUCAAUUGUUGAUCCUGUUAUUGUUAUGAAUUAUCAAUUGCCAAAGCUCAAACAUUCAUUGAAAACUAUGCUUAUCAAAUAUUGAAGUUUGUUCGAGAAUUGGUAAUUUGACAACUAUGAAGCUGUCACAAGAUUCUUCAUGACAUUCAUCACAACAUUCGCAAGAACCGAUGUUUUUUGAACGCCGAUUCAACCUCAAUGUUGUUCUGGACAGAAAAACGGGAAAAAUGUGAGAAUAGCUGUUUGAAACUCACUAAUAUUGAAGCCAAAUAGUACCUUGUCAAAAUCAUGACGGUAGUUCAAUGCCCGACACUGGACAUUUUGUGCCUGACAAAAAAUAUUAUCGCAAUAUAUAACGCAAUAUAGUUUUCCGUGGUCAUUGAAAUAAAAGAAUGGCGCCAAUGAAAAACUUAGGACAUUAUGUCUGUCACGUGACCGGCCGCUUAUUUUCAAGCUUGUUUUCAAACAUGAAAAACUUCAGAAAAUAGUACACAAUUGACUAAGUAAUUGAAAUCUGGCACCAAACUAGGGGUCAUUGUCGCCAUUUAUAGUUGCUAUUCUCUUUGACAUAUUUUUUUUCGAUGUAUCGAAAAAAUAUCGAUAUUUGAAAAAUACCUGUACCCAGUAUGAGCCUUUCUCACACCGCCCUUUUUGGGAUACUGUAAUUUUUUGUAAACGAUUUCAACAAUGUGAAAAGCAAUAUUUCAGAACAAACUAACUAUUUACAGAGUAAAUUUACCAUCAUCGUACUGUAGAUGCCAAGGUCGUGUUUUGUCCAUCUGUGAGAUGAACACACCUCAGUAACUGUAGGGGGGUCCGGCGGCAUCCCCCUGAAAAAUGUUUGAAAUUUGGGUCUCGGAAACAGCAUUUCAAUUGUUCUGAGAAUAUAUUUGGGAGUUAUUUUUGUUUCUCGAAAACAAGAUUUUAGAGGUACAUUUUGUGUUAAGGCACAAUGCACAUUUUAUGCGCAUUUGAUCAUAUACUAUAACAUGUUAAUUUGCGCGAAAUAAAUAUUAAAUAUUAUUAUUAUUAUUAUUAUUACAAUGUUUAACAAGUAAUAAUGCAUGUGAAAACAUGUGCAACUACUAAAUACAUCAAACUUUAAGCGGUAUAAUUGAUAGCUUGAUGCAAUAGCGAUUAUUAACAAAUGCACUCAGGUUACAUCCUGAAGUAAUUUUACAGUCUGAUGUUUAUUGAUAGCUUUGAUAUACCAAAAGAAAUUAGUUCAAACAUUUUACAUUAUUUCUCUACAUUUUAGCUUCUCAGCUAAUUAACUUUCUGCUUAUGCGUGAGAUAGUCAAACUGAAGCGUGUGAGCGUGAGAAAUGAUGCUGAGGCGUGUGUCACACGCUCAAUGUGUGAGACUCGGCAUCUAUGCAUCAUACACCCACAAAAUUAUAAAAUGUUGCCGUUACGGGGUGUUACGCUCGCAGGAUUGGCAAAAAAGUACCGUACCCCUAAAAUGGCGGUGUCAGAAAGGCUAAUUUAUCGAUACAUCACAACAGCCUUGAACACACUGUACCAUUCACACCACCAUCCUCUAUUAUAUCUCCCUAGCUUGGUGCAAGCGAUGCUGACACUAUUGGUCAUGUUUUGGGAAACAAACCAGAGACGAUUAAAUCCGACAUGAAACAAAAAGAUCAGUCUAAACUUCUCGAGAAGAAAUCAAAAGAAGAAUCAUCCUCGUCCAAGAGAAAAGCUGUUGAAUUAUUUGAACUUCCUGGUAUAGAGACGGAAACCCCACCCAAAGUGAGGAGAAAUAAAAGAUGCUUAUAAAACCAGGUUUCCAUAUCGUCGUAAAAAUAAAGUUGCUUUCUUUCUCAACGGCCAGUUCAUAAUAGUUUAUACCUGUAAACCACAUAUAAAUCAUAAGUAUUCUCUAGUUAUCAUGAUUUUUGUGUGUUGGUGUAAUGUACUCAGGUGAAUAUGAUGCUUGUGAUGUUACUCUGAGUGCAUAUCCACACCGGGCAAGCUUGAAAACCGUGGUCAUGCAGGCAUAUUUUUCAAGCUUGCCCGGUGUGGAUAUACACUCAGAGUUAAACAUCACAAGCAUCAUAUUCACCUGAUUACAUUACACCAACACACAAAAAUCAUGAUUAUUAUUAGAUAACAUUGAUAUCGAAGGAACUAGAUUCAGCGACCAGACUGCGUAGCUCAGUUGGCAGAGCAUUGGGCUAGUAUUCCAAAGGUCCUAGGUUCGUUUCCCACCGUGGUCAGGCAUAUUUUUUAUUAGCUUGCCCGGUGUGGAUAUACACUCAAAGUAAAAUCACAAGCUCAUAUUCUCAAGUUAUAAGCCCGCCCGAUACCAAAAAAAUAUUAUGUCAUAAAGUUCCCAUAAUAGCGAACGUAAGCAAGGCUUCAUCUAGUAUUCAAAUAGCCUUGAAUUUUACACUUUAUAAUUAUAAAGAAUUACCAUUACUAAGAAGUCAACAGGUCAGAUGAAACUGCAACAAGGACAGCUAAUAAUAUCAUUAAAUACAAGAAAAUGUGCAGAAAUGAACGAUUAAAAUCCCACAGACGUUUUAGACAUUGCCAUCACUCUGUUUACAACAGCAAAACAAAGAUCAUCAUGUCUUGUAUACAACAUAUGCAUUUCAAGCUGGGGCACCCUAGAACUUUUUUCAUUAGACAGAGUAAUCUAAUAAAGUUGGGCAGGGUCUUAGCUAGGAUUUUAAAUCUGGGGCGUGUUUCUAAUGACCAAGGUGUGCACAUGUCAAUUGUAACCUUGAAUAGCCAAAUCACGGUUCUAGUUAUGCUCGCCAACAAAUAAAUGCCUGUGGUUGUUCUAUGCUUUGCAACCAAAUACAAGGCAAGCAUACGCUCAUAUUGCGCACUGACAUUAAAAUAUUAAGUUAACUUAUUUCAACAACUAUUGGAGGUAUUUAAAACCAUUUUAAUGCCAUGCAGUUCCCAUUAUCCAUCAAAACAUUAAAAUAUCACAGAUCACUUUUGCCAAUUCAACAACAACAGUAGAUUUUACAAACUUUCUUACAACGUAAAUAGGAAGAAAUUCUGUCUGUUGUAAGUAGCACCACCUUAUUUUAUGAACAUACACAGCCUUAAAUAAAUAGUGAAGCCGCAUUCAUUUUAUCUAGCCAUGUUUUUCCACUUUUGCCCGCGAUAACACGGCCAGCACGGCCCUCUAGCUAAGACCCUGAAGUAGGAUGCAUCUGGGUGCAUUGCCACUUAAAUGGUUAACAGUUUGAAUGGGCAGAUAAUCUGAUUAACCCAUUGAGUGGUAGCUAGCACCCUCCCCCUAACAAGUAAAAUUGUCUGGCAUCAGACAGAGUAAUGUAGUAAAAUAGGGUGCACAGGGCAGGAAAAAAGAAUUUUCUUCCUGGGAGCACAACCCGGAGACAAAAAUUUCCGGCAGACCAACGGAGUAUUUUUGUGCUAAAUCUGCAUGUGCAUAAACAUGUAUUGUUCUAGCUGACUAUGGUUUUAAAUUCAAGGAAUAAUGUCAGUGUGUUGCACCCAUAGUUGGACAUGGGUAUUAAGGUUUCCUUCAAAUUUUCAAUAGCAAAUCUUCAUUCCAUUCCUGCAGCUGUUUAACAUUUCCUACCUAGGCGAGCGCCUAUUUUUUCACCCCUCAGGGUGCAUCUGGGUGCAUUGACACUUAAAGGGUUAAUGUCGCUAAUAUGUUGGGGGGGGGGGUGUUAAAAAAUGCUAAAACAAUAUGAUAAUCAUAUGACGACCAAAAUAUUACAAAAUCAAUGCAUCAAAAUAUUCUCAGACCCUACCUAUAACACAUUAUCCUAGCAAUAAUCUUUCACACAAGAUCUACAUCCUCUCCUUAAGUCCUAGUGCAGCCUAAAUUCAUCCUUAAUUACCCUUAAAUUUUUGCCACAAUUCAGGUUGUCAAAUCAGAAGAAAAACCGCCGCCAAAGAAGAAACCUAAGACUGAGGUAAUGUAACAAUUUUUGUCGGCCAGUCAGCACACAACAUUGGAUAAUAUGGCCUGCCAGACUUUCAUUGGAAUUUUACCAAUUGGGUUUUGCAUUAAAAAAACAUUGAUGAUUUUUCAGUAUACUGAUGAGGAGGACGAUUAUUCUGAAGGAGAAUUUGAAGAGAUGCAAGAAGCAUUUUACAAAGACUCGAGCACAUUUUUGAAGG